UUAGGUUGGGGUAAGACACUGAGACCCACUGUUUGACUGUGAACCAUGUCAAAAGUUAAUAAUGCAUGAAACUGGAUGCUACUGUAGAUAUUGUGCAGCAGACCACCAUUGCACUUAUUUUAGUGAGUAAAGUGACAUAUGGUUGUGUACAAUGAACUCCCUUAAACAGAUAAUGUGUACUCUUGGCCUGCUUCUCUGUUCAGCUGAUGCAGACAAUGACAGAAAACCUAAUUUUGUCUUUAUGAUGGUGGAUGAUUUAGGAAUUGGUGACCUUGGAUGCUACGGAAACACAACCCUCGGGACGCCUAACAUUGACAGGCUUGCCUUGGAAGGGGUUAAACUGACCCAACACAUAGCUGCUGCCACACUCUGCACUCCCAGCAGGGCGGCUUUUCUCACAGGAAGAUACCCCAUCCGAUCAGGUAUGGCUGGACAUGGGCAUUUGGGAGUGUAUCUCUUUACUGCAUCGUCAGGGGGUCUUCCACGUGAAGAAAUCACCUUUGCCAGGGUUGCCAAAGAGAAAGGCUAUGCCACCUCUAUAAUCGGAAAAUGGCACCUGGGUCUCAACUGUGAAGAUAAUGCCGACCACUGUCACCAUCCGACCGCACACGGCUUUGACCACUUUUAUGGUAGCAUUAUGACUAACCUUCGAGACUGCCAGACUGAACAUGGCUCUGUCUUCCAUGGCGUCCAUGCUCACAUCCCCUACAAGGCCCUUAGUUUUGGUCCAAUCACCCUGGCUUUGCUCCAUAUUUUAGGGGUGAUAACAGUGCCCAGGAAAGUAGUUUUUGGACUUCUGGCCCUGGUAGGGUUUGUGGUGAGUAUCUUUUGGCUAAUGUUGUACACAUUCGCCAAUUUAAAUUGCUUUCUCAUGAGAGGAGACGAGAUUGUGGAGCAACCAUUUGCAUCCGAGAACCUCACACAGAAGAUGACCAAUGAGGCGAUAGAGUUUCUGGAAAGGAAUUCAGAAAAGACGUUCUUGCUCUUCUUCUCAUUCAUCCAAGUCCACACUGCGCUCUUUGCCUCUCCUCCCUUCAGAGGUAGAAGCCAGCAUGGUAUCUAUGGUGAUGCUGUAAUGGAGGUGGACUGGAGUGUAGGUCAGAUCAUGAAGACUCUAGAGCGCUUAAAAUUGAAGGAAAACACUCUGGUGUACCUGACCUCAGAUCAGGGUCCCCACUUGGAAGAGAUUUCCAUCCACGGAGAGGUGCACAGGGGUUGUAGCGGCAUAUACAAAGCUGGUAAGUCAACCAAUUGGGAAGGUGGAAUUCGGGUUCCAGGGAUUCUUCAUUGGCCAGGUGUUGUACCUGCAGGGAAGGUCAUUGAUGAGCCCACUAGCAACAUGGAUCUUUUCCCCACAGUGCUGAAAUUAGUUGGUGCUUCGGUACCCAGUGACAGAGAUAUUGAUGGUCAUGAUCUCUUACCAUUGCUGCAAGGGCAAGUGGAGCAUUCGGAGCAUGAAUUUAUGUUCCAUUACUGCAAUGCCCACCUGAACGCUGUGAGAUGGCAUCCAUCUGGCAGUAGCGCAAUCUGGAAGGCCUUUUUCUUUACCCCUAUCUUCUACCCAGAGAAUAGCUCUGCCUGUUUCCACACUCAUCUCUGCUUCUGUAAUGAGCCUUUCAUUAUACGCCAUGACCCUCCACUGCUUUAUGACUUGUCGAGGGACCCCUCAGAGAGCACCCCCCUGACCCCAGACACCGAUCCCAAGUUCUACUCAGUUCUAGAGGCUAUAAGGGCAGCAGUAAGCCAUCAUACACAGAGUUUGAAGCCUGUCCCAGCACAGAUUUCACCUCAACACCUGGUUUGGAAGCCCUGGCUCCAGCCCUGCUGCUCUUCUCUCAGUCAGCUUUGCAAAUGUGAACGAGAUCAUCAAAUAGGGCAGGCAAGACAUGAGAAGCUUUAGAACGAACAGACCUGGAACAGAAACCAGGUCUCAAAAUCUGAGUUUCAGCUCGUAGAAAGGGCCAGAAAUCCUUAAUUAGCUUAAAUUUGUGCAGACAUACUGUUGAAUUGUACAUGAUUUAGUUACCUAACACAAUUCACAAUUAAAAUCUGCUUGAUGAUCUUCUGUAAAGAAUGUGAAGAGCUAUACAAACCCAUAGGGUUUAAUCGAAGGAUAAGAAAAUAAGGGGACAACAGAAGCAUUUUAAAUACUGCAGUGCAUUUAUUUUCUACACUGCACUGCUGAAUUUGCAUCACUAGAUGGCACAUAGGGUUAGUUGUAUGAUUUGCUGCCAACCAUAAGAGGAUCUCCAUGCAUAAAACAUCUCAUUUGUAUAAUAAAAUAAAAAUAUGUUUUGCCUAAUGUUUUAAAAGCCAGAUGCGAUUUUUCUAUUAUGCUAUUCUUUAUGGCUUGGUGUAUUCAUCACUGUUUCUGGAACCAUUCAACAUAUUUACUAAUCAAAUGGGGAUAGUCAUUUGUAUGAGGUACAUUUCUCAUUUAAGAGUCAACAUGCUGCACUUUUGAGCCAAAACUGAUGUUUACCAUUUGACACAGCAUGAUGCAUCAUUUCUUUAUUAUUCACUCAAGACUGUGGAUAAUCAUGAAAUCCUUGUUUCUCAAAAGUAUUUCCAGUGGGUGUUGCUUGAAAUAUCAUUAAAUAACUUGUACUAGA